AGGAGGAGGAGGAGGAGGAAGAGGAGGAAGGCCCGGCCGCCCUCUCUCCCCGCCUUCCCUCGGCCGCCAGCGCCGUCCCCCGGCGAGGCGCGGGGAGCCCGGGCCAUGUGUGAGGAAGGAGCCGCCAAGCUGCGCCUGAAGCCCCGGACGGCGCCGUCCGCCCGCGGCCCCGGCCCUGAGCCCCCGCCGAGGCCCCAGACAUCGACUGACAGAUGUUCCUGGUUUGAAAAGGAAGAAUUAAAKGAGUGUGAAAAAACCUGGAUUUUGUUACUGAAAGACAUCAGUCAAAAUUCACACUGCACAAACUGGGACACAGUGCCCAGCUUUCCGGAGUUCUUGGAAAAGAAGGCUGAGGAAAAGAGUCCAGAACACCAGGAAGUCUUUACAGUUGGAAAAAAAGACUUUCAGUGGGUAUCAUUCCCAUCUUUUCACAAAGAAAAAUGUCUGAACCCUGAGGAUCUGAGCUCCCAWCAGCCAACACAGAGCCAGAGCAAUGAGUUACAUAAAGGACAAGGCCAAGCAGAUAAACUGAAAAGUUUAUSWUCUACAGCUGAGAAAACCYGCUGGGGARCCAGAACAGAUCAAGCCAAAACUGYGGCUGGGGAAGAGACAAGAGGUGUUUCAAACCUGGAUGUGAGUCCUAAGUCAUGUAAACUGCGUGGACACAGCAGCACAGCACAGCCCUUGGCAUUGGCACAAAGCCCUGCAGCAGCUUCCAGCCCUCAGCAGAACAGCAGGGCAGACAGAAGAGAAAAGGGAGAGAAAGAGCCUGAAAUGCAAACACAUCAAGGGGAUGUUCCAGGGGGAGAGGCCAGAGGGGCUCCUGUGGAGAAGCCUCGGCUCGGGAGCACUCCUGGGGCUGAGAGCUGUGAGGAGAAGAUGGAAAACCAGAGCGAAGGAUCUUCAACUCUUGACAGUUGUCCAAUGUGUCUGAUGCAGUUUAGUGGAAGACUCUCACAGCUGGAUAUCGAUGGCCACCUUGCCAGGUGCUUGUCUGAAAGUGCAGAUGAUGUCAUGUGGUAAAUCCAGAAGAAUGGAGAGCCAAGGAACAAGGCCAAGGAUGAAGAUUCUCCAAGGAAAAGGAAAAAACAUGUCAAGCACAGCCUUGUCUCUGACUUGCUUAAGGAUCACAAACCAGUAACUCAAUGGAAGGUCAAGUGCCACCUCCCUAUUUGGGCUUUUUUUAUGUUGAAGCCUCUCAAAUGUAUGUAAAGUAGUUCUAGUUCUGAAAAUGGUGCUCUGGGGUGUCCCAGAGACCCCCAGGGAAAUCAGACUUGGCACUCCUGAAAAAAUGUGCUAUUGGAAAUCCCUGGAGACCCUGCUUUGUCUGAGGCACCACAGUUCUGACUCUCCCAGGACAGAAGAAAGCAGCUGAGCAAAAGACAACUGUUACUUACUCUAAUCCAAAAGUUUACUGGUAUUUUUUUCCUAAACAGGUAAUUUAUGAAAAUAAACUUAGUUAAAGUCAUUUGAACUYAAGUGUUUUCCAUUAUUUUAAGAUCUAACUAAGAAAAUGUAAUUGUAGAAUUGAAUCUGUGAUUGUAGCUAUGUUAAAACACACCUCAGACCAAGUAAAGGGGGUGGGGUUUUUAUGUUUGUGAAGGAGCCCAGCUAAAUUCAAACCUUACUGUGCAGGUUUCUAAGUCAGAAUCUGUGUUAAACAGGCGAUUAACAUGACUGGGCUAAUUAAGCUGCAAAAGGGAGAUUGAACACUCAGUGAAUCAAGAGCUCCUUUUUGUAGCCACACAGCCCCCCCACGCACCACCAGUGCUGAGAGCAGGGAACAACCCAGAGCCUGUUGGGGCUGGAAGGGGUUCAGGGGCUCAGCUGCUCUUCUGGUCCCUUCUCAACAGGAGCAGGUGAACACUGGGUAAGCCUGGAAUGGCAAUAAAUGACAUUUAGUGACAGUUCAGUAACCACAAACCAAGGGAUGAGAUCACCAACCUGCUCUAGUUU